AAACUACGGCUUUGAAAUAGUGUAUGGCUUCCAUCACCACUUCUUCUGCUGCAAAUGCCGUUGCCAAAUUCCCACUUCCAUUUCCCUCGCCGAGGAAUUCGCCGCAGUCCAUUUCUCUUCCGCGCCGAGCUCGAUCCUGCGCCGGCGUCUGUGCUUCGCUGUCCGCGGCGGCUCCCCCGCUGUCUAAGCCCGAUGAUUUGGUAGAGAACAUUCUGUCCAAGGUAGUGCAAACAGAUAGAGGAGUUCUGCUGGCAGGCAAUGAACACCAAAAGGUCGCCGAAGUAGCUGAUGAACUGCAGAAGUUUUGCGUCAGUGAGCCGGUCAAGUGUCCCCUCAUAUUUGGAGAGUGGGACGUUGUGUAUUGUUCAAAUCCCACAUCCCCUGGUGGUGGAUACCGGAGUGCAUUAGGCCGGCUCGUGUUCAAGACCAAGGAGAUGAUUCAGGUGGUCGAGGCCCCUGACAUUGUGAGGAAUCGAGUAUCCUUCUCUCUCUUGGGCUUCAUUGAUGGAGAAGUCUCGUUAAAGGGGAAACUGACGGCGUUGGAUGACAAAUGGAUACAAGUAGUGUUCGAGGCACCUGAGCUCAAGGUUGGUGGAGCUGAGUUCAGAUAUGGCGGCGAGAGUGAAGUGAAGCUCCAAAUCACAUACGUAGAUGACAAAAUCAGAUUAGGGAAAGGCUCCAGAGGCUCUCUAUUUGUCUUCAAGAGAUUGACAUGAGACUAUGUUUCUUGUAAUCAUCUCAUUGAUUUGUAUUGAGAAUGAGAGACCAUGGAAAUGUGAAUAAUACAACCUUUGUUAUAAGAA